AUGGACAAGGCCAGCCGUGCUCUAGCGCAACCCGUUCCUCCUAGCUUAUCCGACUCAUACCGUGCUCGUGCAGAUCGUAGCGGAGUCCCUCAUACGACCCUGCACCAUCGCGCGCGCGGUCGUCGCUCGAUCGAAGAAAAGGCCCAAAGCCAGCAGUACCUCGCUCCGUACGAGGAGGACGCUCUCCCUGUACGCAUCAAGUACAUACGCUUCUUAGCUUUCUGCGUCACCCGCCAGCGAUCCGAGGCCGACCGUCCGCUGAAGCCGCCUGGCAAGAACUGGACUCGGGGCUUUGAGAAACGCCAUCUAGAGACGCAAGCGAGAAGAGUCAAGGCGCUGGACUAG